AUGGAUGUUCGCUGGGUGGAGAGCUCGCUAGGAGAGCACGUCGCCGGGCCGGGUGGCUGGGUGGAGCACGUCUGCACGCCAGCAGACCUCCUGGCAGACCUCCUCACAGACCUCAUGAUGAUGCCGCCCGCCAUCAUGCCCACCCACGCCGUCCUCGCUGUCCCGCAUGCCCUUAGUGUGCCGCCUACCUCGGUAUAGUCUAGGCCCGGGCGGCCUGUCCUUAGGCCCGCUGGUCCUUAUGACACGUCCCUGUCGCCUGCUUUUUUUCCUGCAGCA